UUUUGCAGUAGCUACAAACACUAGCUCUCUCUCCUCUGUGUUUUUGUUUUGCUUUUCUCUCCGCCUCCUUAGCCUCUGCUUCUGGGCGACUUUCCCUUUCUCCGCCGCAUUUACCUCCCUCUCCCUCUCCCUCUCUCUCUCUCUCUCUCUCUCUCUCUCUCAGUAUUUAUACACAAAAAUCCCCCCUAACCCUAAUAAACUUCACCUCCUAUUUCGCUCCUACUCUUCACCAUCAUCUUUCUAUGCAUGUUCCAUGCCUUUUGCUUUCCGGCGAACAAAUCGAAACCCAUCUAAAAAACCCACCAGUUUAAUUGCAUGAGCUUCUCAUCCCCUUAAACUGAUAAAAAAAAGAAAGAAAAUCCAUCCAUCUUCAAGACUUGAAGAAGAAGAAGUAAAAGCGAAGAAGAUACAAGAUGGCAUCAUCAUCGAAUUCUCCAUGCGCGGCGUGUAAAUUUUUGAGGCGGAAGUGUCAACCGGAGUGUGUUUUUGCUCCGUAUUUUCCACCGGACCAACCUCAGAAAUUCGCCAACGUGCACAAAGUUUUCGGAGCGAGUAAUGUAACGAAGCUUCUGAACGAGUUGCAGCCGUCGCAGCGGGAAGACGCCGUGAAUUCUCUUGCUUAUGAGGCCGACAUGCGUCUCCGCGAUCCCGUGUACGGCUGCGUCGGAGUUAUUUCUUUCCUGCAGCACCGUCUCCGCCAGCUGCAGAUGGAUCUCCGCUGCGCCAAGUCCGAAUUAUCAAAAUAUCAAAACCUCGGCAUCACCGGCCACGCUGGACUCAUCGCGGCCGCGGCUGCAGCUGCCACCACCACCCACAACCACAACCACCAUCAUCCCAACAUGGGCAUCAAUCUGAUUGGCGGCGGAGGUGGCACCGGAGGUGGAAAUGGAUGUGAACAUCACUUUCAUCACCACCAAUUCUUCCCUAGAGAGCAUCAGCAGCAGAUGAUAAGGAGCUUCGACAACGGCAACAACUACGACUCCAGCCUUCUUGCCAUGAAUGUCUCCGCCAGCAUUGGCCAACUGAGUCAGUUCCAGCAACCUAGGGCUGCCGCCGGAGACGACCGCCUCACCAUUGAUCCAUCUUAGGGUUAGGGUUUCUGUGUUCCCUUUCACCCAUAAUUGUCAUAGGAAUUAAUUGAAAACUUGAAUUUCAUAUCAUCAUCUUCCUUGUGCGGAUCAAAACUUAUUCUUAGAAUCAAUUUUAAUAUCAAUAGUUACUAUUAUUAUUAUUGUUGUCA